UCUCCCCUUCUCUUUUCCCCAUCCGCGGCCGCUGCUGCUCUCGUCCUCCGCCAGCGAGCGAAUCGCCGGCUCGCCGCGGCGGCUGGAGGCACCUCGCCUUCGAUCAGGUGCGCGCCCUCCUCGAAAUCAUCCUCUCCCUCCUCAUCCGGCUCCUGAUUCGGUCCUGUCAGCGCCCAAGCCGCGCGCUGGGCGAAGCUUCCGGAAGCUUCAGGGUUUAUCCCGGCAUUUCAUUUCCGCGCCCGGAUCGGUUCGGGCUGCCGGAGUUUCUAGCAGGCUUCGGUUGGGGCGUCACUCUCCGUCACCUCUUCCAUUAUACUGCCGGUGAUUUCCUCUUCUUCAGGUCCUGAGGCAAUUUCGUUGCUGCGAGAGGCAGAAGGGGGGCGGCGGCUUUGGACUUUGGAGCCAACUUUCCUUGUUGCGGUGGCGGUGGCUGUUCGACGCCAUGAGCUUCGUGUUCCGGGGGAGCAGGGCGGACAUCGAGGCCGGUGGCUUCCCGGGGUUCGCUCCCGACCGCCGGGCCAUGCGAAUUCAUGCAGGAGGCAGGCCAGUGCAUAGCAAUUCCUUGGCUUUUCUUGUCACAGUUCUUGUUUUGUUCAUGGUAUUGAACUCACACCAGAUGUCUCCCAAUUUUUUGCUUUGGCUUGUUUUAGGGGUCUUCCUAAUGGCCACGAGCCUUAGAAUGUACGCCACGUGCCAUCAACUCCAAGCGCAGGCGCAAGCUCAUGCUGCAGCUGCCAAUGGUUUUCUUGGACACACUGAGCUGCGUGUGCAUGUACCACCAACCAUAGCCCUUGCUACAAGAGGCCGGUUGCAGAGCCUUAGACUUCAACUGGCUCUUCUGGAUCGCGAAUUUGAUGAUUUAGACUAUGAUGCUCUGAGAGCGUUGGAUGCUGACAACAGCCCACAUGUUCCUUCUAUGAGUGAGGAAGAAAUAAAUACUCUCCCUGUCUUCAAAUACAAAAUUCAGGCACAGCAGGGUAGUGCUUCUGCCCGAAAAAGUGAUGGGCCACCUCAGCUAUUGACUUCUUUGACUGUGUCUGGCAAUGAGGUAUUGACAAACACUGACCUGUUUCUCAAGAAAAAGCAAGCAGAUAGAACCAGCAAAACUCCAGAGGAUGAACUAACAUGCAGUGUUUGCUUAGAGCAAGUUGCGGUGGGUGAUCUGUUGAGAAGCCUACCAUGUUUGCAUCAGUUUCAUGUAAACUGCAUCGACCCAUGGCUGCGCCAACAGGGUACUUGUCCAAUCUGCAAGCACCAGGUGAGUGAUGGGUGGCAUGUCACAGGCAAUGACGAAGAGGAUGCUUCUUACACAGUGCAACUGUAACGUGUGUGUUAAGAGGAGGGGGUGGGGGUAUGAUUGGUUUUUCAGCCAAUCUUGGGGUGUGCUCUAAUCUCCAUCUAUCCUAACAGAGCGAGUGUGGAACCAGCUGUUCAGUGUGCUGGGUUCUUGUACAACUAAUGUUCACUUCUCUCUGAUGUUUGUGCAUCAAAAGGUUGAUGAUAUGUUUUCGUACCGGUCUUAUUAUGCUCUA